UGGCUGUGGUAACUAGUGACGACCGCGUUGUUUUGUUGCUCAGACAACUAGCUAGUUAGCGGUGCUAGCUAGUAAACAAACAACUAAACUGAAUAUGGCUGGAACUUCAUCAGUAGCUGGUGAAGUAUUUGUAGAUGCCCUACCGUAUUUUGACCAGGGUUAUGAUGCAGCUGGCGUCAGAGAGGCGGUUAGUAUCUGCGCCAUACCAUAUAGGCAUAGCUAUCAGUUGCUAACUAACGUUAGCUAGUCUAGCUACAGUUAGUUAACAGGCAAGUAUCUGACAUAGUGCAAUUCGGGAUCCUUGGGACGUCCCUACACUAACCUUAACCAUUUUACAUUUCAAUUUUAUUAUGAAUGUACUGCUGGUGUACCAUAACACUGUCGGUGUGAUCGAAGCGUAAGAGCGUCUACUAAGUGACUGAAAUGUCAACGAAAAUGGGGUAACGUCAGUUGGACGUCCCAAGGACCUAUCAGACAGUCAUGAGCAAGUCAUGGAAGCCAAGUAACGUUACCAGGCUACUGUCAAUAAAAUAGCAUUAUCUUGCUAAUCUGGUCAUCGUGGAAUCAUGCCUCAGGCAACCGCCAUCAUCGGCUAACAUACAGUAACAUACAGUAGCUAGCUAGGUCACCCCUCAAAGAGGUACAAAUCUAGCUAGUCUAACGUUACUGUAGUACUAUGCUGUCUUGUUCAUAUGUAGACAUUUCCAUACACAGGCUGCAGCCUUGGUAGAAGAGGAGACUCGCAGAUACAGACCCACCAAGAACUAUCUCAGUUAUAUGCCCACACCUGAUUUCACUACCUUUGAAGUAAGUAUCACUUACACAGUUCCGCAUUCUAUAAAAGAAAAACGCCAUAAAUGAAAUGUACAUAAUGUCAUGCCAUUAUAUGAUUAUGGCUUUUGACUGACUCACUGUCAACUGUGUAAUCUACAAUGACAUUAUGUGAAGCAAAUACUAAUGCUUAUAUCACCCAUCAGACUGAAAUCAUGAGGAACGAGUUUGAGAGGCUAGCAGCCCGGCAGCCUCUGGAACUUCUCAGCAUGAAGAGGUAAACCCAGUCCACUCUUUUGCUCAUAGCAAAUGUUUAAAAAAUAUUGCUAACAUUCAAUCACCCAUUCAGUUUUAACGUUAUGCAUUUAAACCCUCGUUGUCCUUAGUGUACAACCAUCUGUUUAUUUUUCAACUGUGCAGAUACGAGCUUCCAGCUCCAUCAUCAGGGCAGAAGAAUGACAUCACUGCAUGGCAGGACUGUGUGAACAACUCCAUGGCUCAGCUGGAGCAUCAGGCAGUACGCAUUGAGAACCUGGAACUCAUGGCACACUAUGGCACCAACGCAUGGAAGGUCUACAAUGAGUGAGUCAGUGGCUGCUGCCUGUGCCCAGUAGAGCUCUUAAUUUAUCUUAGUGUCCAGGAAAGAGUCAUGGAGGACAACUGAACUGAUUUGACUUAACAAAUGGGGCUCAAUUCGUGAUUUAAUUGGACAGUAAAGAAGAUCAGUAUUUUUGUUUUACACAUGCUUGUCCUGAAGGGUAAAGUAUAGGUUCACAGAAACUUUUUGACAUUGCCUUAAUAUUUAUCAUUAUCUCCACUCUACAGUAACUUGGCCUUUAUGAUUGAAUUGGCUCAAAAGGAACUACAGAAAUGUAGGUAAGUGAAUGGUGUGAAAACACUGCGUUACAAUUUACAAGUCAUGUAUCACAUUCCUCAUGGUUAGCUUGUUUAGUAGUUGUUUUGGAAAGAAUCUGACAAACUAUGUCAACAAGCUUCUGCAUAAUGUCAACAAGCUUCUGCAUAAAUAUAUUUUAACAGCCUUUUCUGUUGUGUAUGUCAUUUAUGCAGAAAGCAGAUUCAGGACUUGAACUGGCAACGGAAGAAUGAUCAGCUUGCAGGCGGGGCCAAGCUGAGAGAGCUGGAGUCAAAGUCAGUUCUGUAAAUGUUGUAUUUUUCAUUACUGUUCUCUCUUAAAAAUGUGGUAUGAUUUUUAAAUCCUUGCUAUCUCUCUUGUAACAGUUGGGUGUCCCUCGUAAGUAAGAACUAUGAGAUUGAACGUGCCAUCGUCCAGUUGGAGAAUGAAGUUGGACAGCUCAAACAGCAGCAGGGUGACGAGAACAAGGAAAAUAUUAGACAGGACUUCUAGUACUCGAGCCUUGUGCAAGACACCUUCUACAAAAGAGGAAAUGUUAAGCUUGCAGCUGAGAACCAACAUGAAAAGAACAGGACUGUCACUCCAAACUUUCAGAAGAACCUAUUUGCCUUGGCUCCACAGUUUCUUUACAUUAGUCUCAGACAGUGACCAUUGAAAAACCAUUGGCCGUGUAAAGAGCAUUUUCAUUGUAUCUCGAGAUCACUUCAGAGGUGAACUCUAAACUCUGGUGUAUUUUUAAAUGCUUGUCAAUUUAAGUAGUUCUAAAAUGAGGUAGAGUUAAGCAUAACUAAUGAUGCUGUCUACCAAAUACAAAUUUCUUCCCAUAUAGACAAGUACCUGUGCACAAAAACAUGCUAGCAUGUUAUGAAGAAAUUGUGAUACAAAAAGUUUUCGUACAUGUAAUUGUUUUUUUUACACUUAUAAUAAAAUGACGUGUGGAG